AUGGAUUCCAAAUGCAUGGAAAUAGCUUCCCUGGGAAGACCUCUGUAUCCUGGCAUGCUAUACGAUUGCUGUAGGGACUCCUUUAUUCCAGGUGUUACUUUAUGGGAUACAGAAGCAGUGAAUAAACACAUUGAUGUGCAUCAGCAACCUAAAACACAUCUGAAGUUUACUGCCUCUGACACCCUCAGUGAAAAGGCCAAGCUCCUGGAUAUAAGCGCUUCCCUUAAAGCCAGUUUCUACAGUGGCUUGGUUGAGGUUGGAGGAUCAGCCAAGUACCUGAAUGAUACCAAGUCCUCACCACAUCAGAGCAGAGUUACGAUGCAGUACAGCCAGACAACAGAAUUUAAACAACUCACCAUGAAGGACCUUGGCAAUAUCACAUAUCCACAAGUAUUUGACCAGAAAACAGCCACUCAUGUAGUUACAGCUGUAUUGUAUGGCGCUCAGGCUUUCAUGGUGUUUGAUCAUACAGCUGCAGAAAAUGAGAGCAAACAGGCUGUUGAAGGAAACCUUCAUGCAGUGGUCAAGAAGAUCCCGACCAUUUCCAUCGAGGGGGAAGCAUCCCUCAAGAUGACUGAAAAGGAAAAGAAAAUGGCUGAGAAUAUCAGCGUCACAUUUUAUGGCGACGUAGCACUUGAAGAAAACCCGACCACAUACAAGAAAGCCCUGGAGGUUUACAAGAUGUUGCCCACUCUGAUGAAGAAAGAAAACUAUAAAGGUGUACCACUGACUGUGUGGCUGUAUCCUCUCAUGCUUUUGGAUGAUAAGGCUGCAAGGUUGGUGAGAGAAAUCAGCAUGAACCUGGUGAAUAAAACAGAGAAGUUGCUGGAGGAGCUUGGAGAAGUGGAAAGAAAAUGCAAUGGUUUGAUCAAAAACCAAAUGACAGAUUAUUUACCCGAUGUAAAAGACAAGUUGUUGAAAUUUGAGGACUUACACAGUUGUUAUAAGAUAACAUUCCAGAAGGCACUGUCCAAAGCUUUGCCAGCUAUUCGGGGUGGGACACAAGAAGGCAAGGCUUUGGAGGACAUCCUGAACUUCCAUGACACAUCACCCUUCAAUGCUAGGAACGUGAACAAAUGGUUAGACAACAUUACAACCGAAUUAAACAUAUUGAGUUCUUAUACCAGUGGGCUGAAGGACCUGACAGUUGUGAACUCACAAGCGACGCUCAAUUCCAUCCUCUUUGAUCCUGAUGUUGAUGUGGUGGUAUGUUUGUCUUUUACAUCUCUAAAGUAUGAAGACUCCAACCUUGCAGCUCUCCAAGACUUUGAGAGCUCUGAAGAAUUUGCAAAGUUUGAGCAAACAAGCGAGAAAAUUCUCUCUUGCCAAGUACCACAACCUUGGUUCACUUCUCCUGACAUUUCUGAGAGCAUGAGGCAGAAUCUUUCUCUCUUUACAAGUUUUUCAAAGGCCAAUAAAAAUGAGAAGGGAAUCAAGUUCAUCAUUGCUUCCAUCUCUGACCCCAGCAAUCCAGGAAACUCAAUCCAACUUUAUCAGAAAGGCCGUCUGACAGAUCCUAAGUUCCAGCCUGUAUCCAAACCUCCUCUACCUGUGGUGGAGACCAGUGAUGGGAAAGUGAUCCUAAAGCUUUCAAAAUCCCCGACCGGAAAGACGGUUCAGUUUAGAGUUGAAUACAGGAUGACACCUCCAACUGAUUCAGCAGAUGAUGCUGAUGAAUGGACAGUCACAGACACUUCAGAUGCACAGCCCAGCUUUAAACCGACUGGACUAAAGCCAGCAAACCAAUACUGGGUUCGAUACAAAGCCAUUAGUGAUGUGGGAGUGAGUGAAGCCAGCGACUCUGUCUCCUUCACCUUUCAUGGGAAUCUUGAGGUCACAGUGAAUCAAUGGGACUUCACCAUCCCUUCCCUCUUUAAGAAACUAAGGACAAAUCUAAUGACCAGCAUGGGACUAUCACGAUGGUCUGCCUCGACUAUUAAGUCAGAGGUUACAAAUAUUCACAACAGCCCUAGCAUCCCUGAUAUUGGCACAACUCCUGGAGGGCUGAAAGCAGAAAUAGCUUUGUACUUCCAAGGGGUUGUUUUUGCAACAGGAAAGGUCUUUACUAUUGAUCUCCUAAUCAAGCCACAUGACAUCGCUUUUCACCUCAAGUUUUAUAUCGGUAACUUGGUGGUUCGUAACAGCCGCAGGAAUGGGAAGUGGGAGAAUGAAGAACGCACAUCAGGGUGUCCUGUUUCUAAAGGAUCAGCCUUUGAUAUCUUUGUUGUGACCAAAGCAGAAGGCUAUGAGGUAUAUAUAAACGGACAGUGGUUUUGCCAGUUCAAACACCGCAUGCCAAUUGAAAGAGUGACUGAACUUCAUAUUUUUGGGGACAUCAUCUUGAACACCACUGGUAUUGUUGAAAACUGGAGCACAUCUACCUUUGGUAAGGAACUAAACUCUGGUGCCUCACGCAAAAAGUUCUCUCGCAUCCAGUCUGAUGUGCCACAUCCAGUCUGCAGCCCUAGCAAACCAUAUUUGGGAUCGAUUCCUGGAGGCUUGAGACCUGGUGUGGCUUUGUUCUUCCAAGGGGUUGUUCCUUCAGAUUGUAACUGCUUUGAAAUAAAUUUGCAGACCAGGCUGAAGCACUUUCAUGAUAUCGCUCUCCACUUCAACCCCCGCAUGGACUCUGUGGUCCUUAACAGCUGCAGGAAUGGGACAUGGGAGAGUGAAGAAUGGACCACAGGAGGCCCGUUUGUCAAAGGAGGAGCCUUUGAUAUAAUCAUGGUUAUUAAGCCAGAAGGCUAUGAGGUGAUAGUGAAUGGCCUGGGAUUCUGCACAUUCAAUCACCGUUUCCCACUUGACAAAGUGACUACACUUGACAUUCGGGGAGACGUCUUCAUUAACACAUUUGGCAUUAUUGAAGUGGAUGAUGUUAAGCUGAAAUUCACCGUUCCUGCAAAUAUUUGAGGAUUCAAAUCAUCCCCAAAAGCAUUGACAUCACUC